AUGUUUUUUGGUAUUCCUGAAGAAGAAAUAGAAAGUGUUUCAGGACUUGGUCCUGCUUUAUCUGUUGCAGAAAUGCUAUCAUCAAAAUACCCAUCAAUUUCUAACGCUUUUUUAAAGUAUUGCUCACAAUUAAUCGAAAAUUCUAUUGUAAUGUUUGAUGGCGAACCUAGUUUUAUAAAACUUAAAGAAAAAGUAGAUUCUCACAUCAAAGAAUCAAAAAUUGCCAAGAUUAACGAAUUAGAAAAAUUUGCUGACGAUUUGAUCCAAAAAUACAAUAAAAAUCCAACAGUUCCUGAACUACCGAAGAUUGCUUAUAUGACAUAUUGCGUUACUUCUAUUCAUGGUCCUCUCAAACCAGAAAUUUCUAAAAAAUUAAUUGCAGCUCAAUCAAUAAAACCGAAACCAGUACCAACUCAAGAAACUACAUCGACACACAGCCACCAAAAGAUUCAUCAACCAACAAAAUCACAAGAUAUUCAUGCAACUCAACCUACAAAGCCAGCUCACACUCCACUAACCUCAAAAGCUGCAAGUUCAACUGUAGAUAAACCAUUACCUACUAUGCUGGCUGAUAUUGCACGCGAAGCUUUUAAGCAUCACGAUGCUGACAUUGCAAUGGCUGCUUUGGUUGCUGCCAUCAAAGAACUUGAAAAACAAUGA